AUGGGCGCACAGCAAUCAUCGCACGAGGGCACCGGCGCCCACAACGCCCAUGACGCCCAUGACGGAUCUGCGGCGGCGCGCAAGACAUGUUAUUACGAGGUCCUCCAGGUAGACCGGUCUGCUCCCGACUCGGAAAUCAGAAAGGCAUACAAGAAGAAGGCACUCGAGCUGCACCCCGACCGCAACUUCAACGACGUCGAGAACGCCACCAGGAAGUUCGCCGAGGUUCAGACCGCCUACGAGAUCCUCUCCGACCCUCAGGAACGGGCCUGGUACGAUUCUCACCGCGACGCCAUCCUCCGUGGCGAUGCCGACUCCGACGAUGCCCCGUCCGAGCACUACAAUGUCCGCCUGACCACCACCGAGGAGAUCAUGACCCUCAUCGGCCGCUUCAACCGCUCUGUUCCUUUUAACGACACCCCCAAUGGUUUCUUUGGCAUACUGGACAUCACCUUUGGCCAGCUCGCUACCGAGGAGGAGGCAGCAUGCCAGUGGGAAGGCGUCGCGCCCGUCGAAUACCCACCCUUCGGCUCCAGCCACGACGACUAUGACCUCGUUGCCAAGCCUUUCUACAACGCCUGGUCCGCCUUUGCAACCAAGAAGUCUUUUAGCUGGAAGGAGAAAUGGCGGCUUUCCGACGCCCCCGACCGCCGUGUGCGCCGGCUGAUGGAGAAGGAGAACAAGAAGAUGCGUGACGACGCCAUACGUGAUUUCAACGACGCUGUCAGGUCGCUUGUCGCAUUCGUCAAGAAACGCGACCCGCGAUACGUGCCCAACACCCAGUCCGAGGCGGAGAGGCAAAAGGUCUUGCGUGAUUCUGCGACCGCCCAGGCUGAACGAGCCCGCGCGGCAAACCGGCAAAAGUUGAGCGAGGCUUCCGUCGCGGAGUGGGCGCAGUCCAGGGAAGACCAUGACGAGCACAAUGACGAGUUCGCAACCAGCGAGGAGGAAUCCGAGGUGGAGCACUUCGAGUGUGUUGUGUGCAACAAGACGUUCAAGAGCGAGAAGCAGUACGAGGCCCACGAAAAGAGCAAGAAGCACGUCAAGGCCGUGCAGCAGCUUCGGAGACAGAUGAAGCGCGACAACCAGGCCUUCGAUCUGGACGAGCCCGCUGGCCCGGUUGAUGACCAGGGCGAUGAGCCCGAAGCAAUGGAUGCCGCGCAAAAUUCACUCGAGACUGACGCCCAAGCCCAUGUGGUGCGCGGGCAAUUACAUGAGGAGGUGGACGAGUCGGCUGGGUCGUCUUCUGAGACGUGGAAUGACGAGUACGCACCGCGGGAAGUCGUCGAGGGACGUCUCGCGCCAGGUCCAAAAGCAGACAGUCCGAGCGAGAGCGACGUCGGCGACGAGCUCAAAACACAGAUGACAGAGGUGACUCUCGAUGAUGACGACGACGACCCAGCGCCCGCCCAGGAGAAGGCCAAGCUGAACAAGGCCAAGCUCAAGAAGGCCAGGAAGGAGGCCAAGCAAGCGGCCCAGACCUCCUCGAACAAAUGUGCAGUGUGCGACGAGGAAUUUGAGUCUCGCACUAAACUCUUCAAGCACAUCCGAGAGGAGAACCACGUUGGACUCAAGCCGGCGACAUCAGCUGGUAAAUCCGGUAAGAAAAAGAGGUGA